AUGCUGGCGUCUCCAAGGGUUGGCGUGCUUGGUGGGGGGCAGCUGGGAAGAAUGCUCAUGGAAUCUGCAAAUCGAUUAAAUAUCCAAAUGAACAUCCUCGAUGCCGAUAACGCCCCGGCAAAGCAGAUCAGCGCCCACGAUGGCCAUGUCAUAGGGUCUUUUACCGAUCGAGCGUCUCUACGAAAACUUGCGGAAUCCUGUGACGUUUUGACGACGGAGAUUGAGCAUGUCGAUACAUACGCUCUCGAGGAAGUGGCUUCGGAGGUCAAGGUUAGCCCGAGCUGGAAGACGAUCCGGACCAUUCAAGACAAGUUUCAGCAAAAGGAGUAUUUGUCUCAAUUCCGGAUCCCAAUGGCUGAACACCGCGAGCUUCUCAAAAACAGCGUGGAAGAGCUCACCGCAAUUGGGGAGGAACUUGGUUACCCCUUGAUGCUCAAGUCUAAAACCCAGGCAUAUGACGGCAGAGGAAAUUAUACUGUCAAGGCGCAAGCGGAUAUACCGUCAGCACUCAAAGCCCUAGAGGGUCGGCCACUAUACGCGGAGAAAUGGGCGAAGUUUAGGAUGGAACUGGCUGUUAUUGUUGUUAAGACCAAGGACGGCGUUCUAUCCUUCCCUACUGUUGAAACAAUCCAAGAAGACUCGGUUUGCAAGUUAGUCUACGCGCCGGCACGAAAUAUCUCAGAAUCCGUCAAUAAGAAAGCACAAGAGCUCGCAAAAACCACGGUGGCGGCCUUUGAAGGACAUGGUGUCUUUGGGGUGGAAAUGUUUCUUUUGCCUGAUGAUACACUCCUGCUUUGCGAAGUGGCAUGCCGAAUUCAUAACUCGGGACAUUACACCAUCGAAGCCUGCGCCCUUUCUCAAUUCGAUGUCCACCUACGAGCAAUCCUCGACCUACCUAUCCCCCCAAAAAGCCUUGAACUCCGCGAACCAGCAAUCAUGCUUAACAUCUUAGGUGGAUCCACACCCGACUCCCAUCUCAAAAUAGCUGAACGUGCCCUCUCCAUACCAAAUGCGGGGAUCCAUCUCUACAGCAAAGGCGCCGCCCGACCAGGCCGGAAAAUGGGUCACAUCACAAUCACCGCACCUACAAUACACGAAGCUGAAAUUCUCAUUCAACCACUCAUAGAUUUUAUGGACGAUACCUCCGUCCAAGAUACCAACAUCCUUUUCAAGCAUCCGAAACCACAACCAUCGAUUGCAUCCCCUAAACUCACAUCUGCCAUAGGAGUUAUUAUGGGCUCCGACAGCGAUCUUAAGACUCUGAUACCUGGGCUUAACCUUCUCAAAUAUCACUUCGGCAUUGAACCAGACGUCAGCAUCGCCUCUGCCCACCGCACACCCAAUUAUAUGGCACAGUAUGCUUCCACAGCCGCCUCUCGCGGUAUUAAAGUCAUUAUUGCGGCGGCUGGAGGUGCUGCACACUUACCUGGAAUGGCGGCUGCAUAUACCUCACUACCGGUCAUCGGGCUGCCAGUGAAGGGGAGCUCGUUAGAUGGGGUCGAUAGUUUGUACAGCAUCGUGCAGAUGCCGCGAGGCGUACCUGUUGCGACAGUCGGAAUCAACAAUAGCAUCAACGCAGCGUUGUUAGCUGUGAGGAUAUUGGGAGCAUUUGAUGCGAAGAUACAAGAGAAGGUGGUGGAAUAUGCGAGAAUCGCUGAAAAAGAGAAUUUAGACGUUAAGUGCAUCAAGAUGAAGGAAAUCGGGUGGGAGACGUAUCAUAGACAGAUGGAGGAAAAGAAAUGA